AUGAGUAAGCGACCUUAUAAACCUAGAAGAGGGAGAGGUCGUGGCCACAACGUUAAUAGUGUUGCACGGAUUUAUGAUGGAAAUAGUGAAAAUCGCGUUGGACCUGAACUGUUAACACCGUUGGGAAAUUUCGAUUGUAGCGGCCAAGAUGGUGAUAAUAAGCGAAGUCGUGAUAAAGUUGAUGAAGAGUUUCAAAUUGGAUUGGCAGACCCUGAAUUUGUGAAAAGGAGAGGAUAUUUAUCUGAAAAUUUUGGUCGCAAAAUCAAACUAAUGACGAAUCAUUUUUCGUUCCAAUAUUCCCCAGAUGUUCAAAUUUAUCAUUAUGACUUUUCAUGGUUAUGUUACGGUAAAGAUGGUGAAGAACCAAAAGAACAAAAACUGAACAGUGAUAAUUGUUAUAAGCUAUUCGACGCAGUUAUGGCAAAAUACCCAGAGCAUUUCACUUCGACGUCUUCAGUAGGCUAUGAUGGUGCGGCAAACGUGUAUUUACCAUAUGAGCUUGAGUCGGAAUCAAGCAAUCUUGCUGUCCCGGACGUUGAAUUGGAAGAUGGAGUUAAAAAAAAUUUCAUCGUGACUUUUAAAGGUGGUAAAGUCAUCUCUUUGGCAUCAGUUAAGGAAUAUUAUGCUGGCUCGAAGAUGGAUGAUACUAAACGCAAAUCUCUCCAAGAAGUCAUUCACAUUAUUUUGAAGUUCCCCUCAAGAUACAAUAUGAAAGCUUUAGGUCGUCUCGCCAUGUUUCCGAUCAAUGCAGAGAGAUAUUAUUUGUCAAACUGGAUGGAAUUGGCUUUGGGUCAUAGAAAAUCUCUUCGAUUUUCAGAAAUUGGUUUGACAUUGGUAGUGGAUAGAGCAUCUGCUGCAUUCCUCAAGUCUGGUAAUGGUUUAGACUUUGUAAAAUCUAUAAUUGAUCGCCAAGGAGGAUCUCUGUCUACUUUUAAACCCAGUCCAGCGCAAAUAGAAGCCCUCAGAAGGGCGUUUGCUGGUGUUAAAAUUUCGACUGUUCAUCUCGGGUACACAAAAAAAUAUGUUGUGAAAGAUAUUGCUGAAAUCGCAGCUAAUAAAGACACAUUCAAGUUAAAGGAAGGUGAAAUUGAUCAGGUUACUGUGGCCGAUUUUUAUAAAAUGAAACAUAAGAUAGUCUUGGAAUACCCUAAUCUACCUUGUUUGAUUACAAGUAACAACUCCAAAAUCCCAAUAGAAGUCU